GCUCACACAUAUAAAAUUGGUGAGAAGUGGAUUGGCAGCAGCAAGCCGGAAUGGUUUCAUUAUUUUCUGUGUGGAUGGCAGGGUAUCAUGGAACGUUUCUGUGUUUCUCCAAAAGGCAUGAAUGUGCUCAUCUCCGGUAACAUACCACCAAGCGCUGGGCUUUCGAGCUCCAGCGCGUUAGUAUGUGCCGGUGCGCUGGCGACGCUUGCUUUUCACACGGGCAAGAGUUUUGAUGAGAUUGAUAAGGUGGAUUUUGCUGAACUGUGCGCAAAAGUUGAGCGGUACAUCGGAAUGGAAGGUGGCGGCAUGGAUCAAGCAGUUGAAGUCUUAGCUGAGGAAGGAUCAGCGCUUCGGAUUGAUUUUGGGCCACUCACUUUUUCGCGAGUUGCGCUCCCAGAAAAUGCUCUUUUCGCAGUGGUUCAUUCCGGAGAGACUCUUAACAAAGCUGCCACCAGUCAGUACAACGAACGUGUUGUGGAGUGCCGCCUUGCUGCACAGGUGAUGGCGAAGGCUUGUGAAAUUGAGGAUUGGAAAGAAAUCCGAACCUUAAAGCAGUUGGCGGAGCGGCUGCAGAAGAGCGCAAGCGAAAUGCUUAGUGUGGUGGAUGAAAUCCUACAGUCUCCUGUGUACACGAAAGACAGCGCACUGAGUCUGCUCGGUAUAACGGACGACGAGUUCAGCAAAAUCGUUCUUUCAGCGAACACUCAACACAUGGAAGUGUUCAAGCUGUAUCAAAGGGCAGGACAUGUUUACGCUGAGGCCGAUCGAGUGCGCCGCUUCCAUGAAGCUUGCAAAACUGGAGAUGUUAAAGAAAUGGGACGGCUGAUGAACGAUAGUCAUACAAGUUGCCGAGACCUAUAUGAAUGCUCCUGCGAUAAGCUGGAUGAAGUGGUUGAAAAGUGCUUGAGAAGUGGUGCACUGGGUGCGCGACUCACUGGAGCUGGUUGGGGUGGUUGUGCUGUUGCUCUUUUCGACAAAGAACAAGAUCUGGAAGUGUUGUUUUGGAGUCGUCCUGCAGCCGGUAUACGCUUGAUCGAAUGCUAA